CUAGCUGGGAAAAUGUGACGUGUGGAUCCCGAUGGCCUCUGUCCCUGAUGAUUCAGUUAUUAUUUGAUUUAUGUGGUCUUGCCGCUGCCCUUGCUUUGACCCUCGGAAUGGCUGUGUGGGAAGUUUGUGUCUCACAGAUAGAGUGAAGUGCUGCUCUGCAAAGUGUUUGGAGCCAAUGCAAAGAAGCUGAUAAAUACAGAAAAGACUCUUUGCUUCAGAUGCACCCCAAAGAGGAACCAUAAGACGACACCUCCUUGGGACUAAGCAGUGUUUGCUUUUUGAAAGCACAAAACACCCAAACUGAAUGAAGCAGUGGGAGCUCGAGCAAAGCAUGGCGAACACCUUUGUGACAGUACCUGAUGGAUAUUGCCUAAGUGAGCCAAUCCAGUAUUAUGAUGUUUUGCCAGAACACAUCAGUUAUCCGCUGCAAGAUCUCGACUUCCAACCUGCUCCUUAUUGUCAGUAUUCAACAGUUCAGUUUCCUCCAGUACUACAGUCACCAUCUCCCCAGUCUCAUUACAGUGCAUACAACUUGGACUCUCAAUACAGCGAUGGGCAAUACAUCAUCAGUAAUUGUGAACUCAGUAAGCCCACCUGCAUGGGUGUUCAUGAUGAUGGGGGAGGAUAUCCUGGACAGAAACGACCCAGGCUUAGUCACUCUGCUUUGCGAAUAAAGGGACAGGAAGAACUCUGUGUGGUUUGUGGAGACAAGGCUUCAGGAUAUCAUUACAAUGCACUCACCUGUGAAGGCUGCAAAGGGUUUUUUCGACGCAGCAUCACCAAAAAUGCAACCUACAGAUGCAAGAAUGGCGGCCACUGUGAAAUGGAUAUGUAUAUGAGGAGAAAAUGUCAGGAGUGUCGCCUAAAGAAAUGUAAAGCUGUGGGAAUGCUGGCGGAAUGUCUACUAACAGAAGUCCAGUGUAAAUCAAAACGUCUCAGAAAAAAGAGUAGCUACCUUUGUAACAUCAAAAUGGAAGAUGAGGGAUUGGACAACAAGCAUGUAUCCUCUACAACCAAACCAUUAAAACAGAAAAUGGAACUUACUCCUGGGGAACAUGAGCUUAUUGACCAUAUUUUGGCUGCCCAUCAAAAAUGCACAAUCCCCCUUGAGGAAGCAAAGAAGUUUUUGCAGGAAACUGCUAAUCCUGAAGAGAAUUUUCUACGGCUUUCAGAAACAGCUAUGGUUCAUGUGGAGGUACUAGUGGAUUUUACAAAAAGACUCCCAGGAUUUGAAAGCUUAGCCAAUGAUGAUCAAAUUGCUUUGCUGAAAGGCUCCACUAUUGAAGCAAUGUUUUUACGCUCAGCCCAAAUAUAUAAUGAACGAAGGAUUGAGUGCCAAUCAUCAUUCCGUGAAAGUCAUGUAAAAUUUUCUGACCAUGCUAUAUGUGGUCAAGAUAAAAGUACUUACUCCAUAGAAAUGUCUCAUACUGAAGAAAGUCCAACGUCUACUAGUACAACAGGUAUCACUGAGGAGUUUAUCACUGCACUAUUUUACUUCUACAGAAGCAUGGGAGAACUGAAUCUGACUGAGACAGAGUACGCAUUGCUUGUUGCAACUACUGUGUUUUUUUCAGAUCGUCCACUCCUAAAAAACAAGCAACAUGUGGAGAAACUCCAGGAACCCUUUUUAGGAAUUCUGUACAAGUAUUCCAAAAUAUAUCACCCUGAAGAACCACAACAUUUUGCCCGUCUCAUAGGGCGGCUCACUGAACUCAGAACCCUCAAUCAUAACCACUCAGAAGUGCUAGUAACUUGGCGAACAAGAGAUCCUAAACUGACCUCUUUACUUUGUGAAAUCUGGGACUUGCAUUAAACAAUGUACUAAUUACUUAAAUUGUUACCCAGGUCUGUUUUUCUAAAACAUGCUAUUUCCCAAUUCUUGUACACUUAUUAAAAGCAAAUCUCGUUUCUGUUAAA